AUGGCCGCUCUCCGCUCCUCGACGCGAGUCCUCAGCUCCUCUACCAGGGCAGCUUUCCGCCCCAGCGCCGUCUUCUCGCGGUCCAUGGCGUCGGUCAGCGAGACCACUGAGCAGCAGCCCAAGAUCAAGUCGUUCCAGAUCUACCGAUGGAAUCCCGAUACCCCGACCGAGAAGCCCAAGCUUCAGACUUACUCCAUUGACCUCAACAAGACGGGCCCCAUGAUCCUGGACGCCCUGAUCAAGAUCAAGAACGAGCAGGACCCGUCCCUGACCUUCCGAAGGAGUUGCCGAGAGGGCAUCUGCGGCAGCUGUGCCAUGAACAUCAACGGCCAGAACACCCUGGCCUGCUUGUGCCGAAUCCCCGCCGAGUCCUCGUCCGACGUCAAGAUCUACCCCCUGCCGCACACCUACGUCGUCAAGGACCUGGUACCUGAUUUGACGCACUUUUACAAGCAAUACAAGUCCAUUCAGCCCUACCUGCAGCGCGACACCCCUGCUGAAGAUGGCAAGGAGUACCGCCAGAGCAAGGCGGACCGAAAGAAGCUGGACGGUCUCUACGAGUGCAUUCUGUGCGCCUGCUGCUCAACCUCGUGCCCCUCUUACUGGUGGAAUUCCGAAGAGUACCUCGGCCCCGCCAUCCUGCUGCAGUCCUACCGAUGGCUGAUUGACUCCCGAGACGAGCGCACGGAGGCCCGCAAGUCCAAGCUCGAGAACUCCAUGAGCCUGUACCGUUGCCACACCAUUCUCAACUGCACACGCGCCUGCCCCAAGGGCCUGAACCCCGGCAAGGCCAUUGCCGAGAUCAAGAAGCAGAUGUCUCUUGGAUCUUAA